AUGAGCCACAUCUACGGCAGCCACCUCUCCCCCCUGGGCAGCCCGUCCAUGGUUUACCUGCCCGCAGCGCUCGGCUUCGCCCCCGCGGGGGCCAUGUCCCGGCAGGACCCCCCUCAGAAACCCCCCUACAGCUACAUCGCCCUCAUCGCCAUGGCCAUCAAAGAAGCCCCGGAGCAGAAGGUGACGCUCAGCGGCAUCUACCAGUUCAUCAUGGACCGCUUCCCCUUCUACCACGACAACAAGCAGGGCUGGCAGAACAGCAUCCGCCACAACCUCUCGCUCAACGACUGCUUCGUCAAGGUGCCCCGCGAGAAGGGGCGGCCCGGCAAGGGCAGCUACUGGACGCUGGACCCGCGGUGCCUGGACAUGUUCGAGAACGGCAACUACCGCCGCAGGAAGAGGAAGCCCAAAGCCGCGGCCCCUCCGGACUCUCAGCCCGGCGAACGGCCGGGGCCGCCCGCUCGCCCCGUCGAGCCCAAGCGGGCCAAGGGCGGAGCGGCCGCGGCUCCGGGGGACGCGGGGGUCCCGCGGCCGGGCGGGGGGACAGCGGCUUCCCCCGGGGGGCUUCCCCCGGUGCCUCCCGCUGCCGCCCCGCCGCACAAGAGCGGCCCCCGGGGCCGCAGCUUCAGCAUCGAGAGCAUCCUGGCGCAGGGGCUGCGGCCGCCGCCCCCCGGGGCAGCCCCCAAGGCGGCCCGGGACGGCCCCGCCGGCUGCCUCGGCGGCUCCCUGGUGGCCAGCGGAGGCUUCGGGCCGGCCCUCAACGCGUCCCUGAUGCUCGACUCCCAGGUGCACGGGAGGCUUUACCACAUCGGCAUCCCCUUCCUCUCCUGCUUCCCUCUGCACUUCUCCGAGGCCGUGUUUAAUUUUCAGUAGUUUGCCCCACAAUUAACGCACCCACCCCCCCCCCUCCGCCCCGAGCGCUGCCGCGGGAGGCGAGAUGGGGAGGGAGAGAUCGGACUCAGACCUCAGCACCAGGGUAAAGACCUAAAAAAAACAACCCAAAGCGAUGUUUUAAAGGUGACUCAGGAUUUCAGGGCAUUUUCAAGGCGCGUCUUGCUGCGGAUUCUCUUUAGCGGGCGCCUCCCACCCCCUGCCAGAGCGACU